AAGGCUCCGGUCACAGAUGACACAGAUGAGGUCAAUUUUGACCACUUCCAGAUCCUGAGGGCAAUAGGAAAAGGAAGCUUUGGAAAAGUCUGCAUUGUGCAGAAGAAGGACACUAAGAAGAUGUAUGCUAUGAAGUACAUGAACAAGCUAAAAUGUGUGGAGCGGAACGAAGUCAGGAAUGUCUUAAAAGAGCUGCAGAUCAUGCAGAACCUUGAGCAUCCUUUCCUCGUCAACUUCUGGUAUUCCUUCCAGGAUGAGGAGGACAUGUUUAUGGUGGUGGACUUGCUCCUCGGGGGUGACCUGCGCUAUCACCUCCAGCAGAAUGUCCACUUCUCAGAGAGUACUGUCAAACUCUAUGUCUGUGAAUUGGCCUUGGCUCUGGGAUACCUCUGCACCAAGCGCAUCAUACACAGAGACAUCAAACCUGACAACAUACUACUGGAUGAACAUGGACAUGUCCAUCUAACAGACUUCAACAUCGCAGCCAUUUUAAAGGAAGACCUAAAAGCGACAUCCAUUGCUGGGACCAAGCCAUACAUGGCUCCUGAGCUUUUUCAGAUCUUUGAGGGGCCCCACCCUGGCUACUCCUUCUCUGUCGACUGGUGGUCACUGGGCAUCACAGCCUACGAGCUACUAAGAGGACAGAGGCCGUAUGUGAUGAGAUCGAGCACCCCGGCUAAUGAGAUCCUUCAGACGUUUCACAAGGUCCAUCCAAGUUACCCAGCAGCCUGGUCUUUGGAAAUGAAGUCUCUUCUCAGAAAGUUGCUGUGCAUAGAUGUCCAGAAGCGCAUUUCCUGUCUAGCAGAGCUACAGGAUCUGGACUACAUGUCAGACGUCAACUGGGAUGCUGUGGUCAGCAAGCAGCUUCCUCCAGGCUUUAUUCCCAAUAGGCGGAGACUAAACUGUGAUCCUACAUUUGAGCUGGAAGAAAUGAUCCUGGAGUCCAAGCCUCUUCACAAGAAGAAGAAAAGGCUUGCUAGGAAGACCAGGGACCAGGGAUCUGAUGGCUCUCCACAGACAUGCUUUUUGCAGCAGCGUUUGGAUAACGUCCAGAGAGACUUCAUUGUCUUCAACAGAGAAAAGUAA